AUGCAUACCACAUUCGCUCUCGCCGCUUUGGCUGCUGUCGCCUAUGCUCGUCCACAAGGUGUUACCGAGAACAUUUCUCCAGAGACAUCUGCUCCUCAGGGAUGCUCACCUUCACACUCUGGAUCUUUCCAGAUCCAGGCCGUCAAUGUGACCACCAGCUCAUCCAACGCUAAGCGUCAAAACUCAUGCGGUUCUGAAGGUGUCCUCACUGUCGACCUCGCCGAUGGUGUCCUCACCGACUCCCAAGGUCGUACAGGUUACAUUGCCGCCAACUACCAAUUCCAGUUCGACAAGCCAGCUCAGACCGGUGCCAUCUACACUGCUGGAUGGUCGUCUUGUGGCAAUGGCUCAUUGGCUCUCGGUGGAUCUGCUGUCUUCUACCAAUGCUACAGCGGUGGUUUCUACAACCUCUACGAUAGACAUUGGGCUGCUCAGUGUAACCCAAUCUACCUCGACAUUCUCCCAUGCUCUGGAUCAAGCACUGGAUCUACCACUGGUGCUGCUUCCCAAAUCGGUGAUGGACAACCUCAAGUCUCAACUGCUGCUUCCGCACCAAUCUCCCAGAUCAGCGAUGGACAACCACAAGCCACCUCCGCCGUUGCCCCAAUCACCCAAAUCGGUGACGGACAGAUCCAAGCACCAACCUCCAUCCCUCCAGUUGCUCUCCCAAGCCCAAUCUCUCAGAUCAGCGACGGACAGAUCCAAGUCCCGACCACCGUCGCAACCCCAAUCUCCCAGAUCAGUGACGGACAGGUCCAAGUCCCAACCGCCGUCGCCCCCGCCCCAACCGGCGGCAUCGUCUCCCAGAUCCCAGACGGACAAAUCCAAACCAACGCCACCUCCUCCCCUCUCCCAUACACCGGCGCUGCCUCAUCAGUUGCCGGCUCCCAAGUUGCCGCUCUCAUCGUCGCCGUUGCCGCUGCCGCGUUCUUGUAA